AUGUCUACAAAGAACGGUGUAAUCAAUCCAAACGAGACUCUUUGUAUUCCUAGUUGGAUAUGUGUUGAAUAUUUUCAUGAUGUUGUGUUCAAAGACAAUCCCGAUAUGGCAACAAUAAUAGGUUUCACUUCAACAGCAGCUACACCUCCGGGAGAAAAUUAUACAUCAAUAAUGCUGCGUUUGCAUUUUACGUUAGAGAUGAAAGAUGGUUCCCUAAAGGAGAAAACCUACAUUUUAAAAACCAUGUUGGAAAAUGAAAAAGCAUUUCAAACCAUCUAUAAAUUGGCUUUAUUCCCCAAAGAGAUGAAAAUGUACAGUGAAUAUUUGCCGGCUUUUGAGAAACUAUAUAGAGCUAUAGGUUGGAAUAUUAAAUUGUCUCCCCGAUGUUUGCUCUCUGAGAAAAAGGGUGAUCUUAUCAACUUAGUCUUUGAAGAUUUGCAAGAAGAAAAUUUCAAAAACAUAGAUCGGCUAAAGGGAUGCAAUAUGUCGCAUAUGCGACAAAUUUUAAGAAAAAUAGCCGAAUUGCAUGCAGCCAGUGCAGUGUAUGAACAGCAAUAUGGAGCAUAUCCAGAAGAAUUUCAAUUUAGUUUUAUAAACCAACUUCAGGAUGAGGCAUAUUUGAAAAGGAAGUUUGAUGUGCGUACCAACAGUUAUAAAAAGGCAAUGUCUCAAUGGGAUUGCAGUGAGGCAGAGGAAUAUAUAAAGAAGUUUCCUACAUUUGAACAAUAUAGGAAAUGUGUCAUGGUUAGCAUGCAGCCCUCGCCUUACUCGUUUAAUGUUUUAAAUCAUGGCGACUUUUGGUCUAAUAACAUAAUGUUCUUCUACGAUGCCAAUGGUGAUCUCCAUGAAACUCUUUUAUUGGAUUUUCAAGUCUGUAAAUGGGGAAGUCCUGCUGAGGAUUUGUUAUUCUUGCUUACCAUAUCGCCGGAAUCAGAAAUACGCUUCAAGGAAUAUGAUCAUUUUAUAACCAUCUAUCAUCAGCGUUUAUUGGAAUGUUUAAAGGCUUUGGAUUAUAGAAAAUCCUUACCGACGUUAAGAUCUUUGCAUCAGGCAAUGUAUGAUAAAAGGAAUACAUUUUACGCCUUCUACGCCUGUCUUAAUCGGUUGCCAGUCACUUUCCUGCCCCCUGAUAGCAAUUCGAGUAUUCAAAAUUUUGAUCGUCCCGAUGAAGUGGGUGAAAAAUUGCGCAUGAAAGCGUAUACAAAUUCCAUAUUUGUGGAUGUUAUAAAGAAUGUCUUUAGAUUUUACCAUCAACGUGGUCUAUUUAGUUUUGAGGAUUUUUAUAAACCCCCCAAAAUGACUGCACCAAAUAAAAUAGAUAAUCCAAAUGUAGAUCUUCAUAUACCAUCGUGGAUAAAUUUGGAUUAUUUCAAAGAUAUAGUAGCCAAAGAUGUUCCCGAUAUGGUUGACAUAGUCAACUUUACACCAACGGCUGCCAUACCGCCAGGUAGUAAUUUUACUUCGGCUAUGCUGCGUCUACACUUUGAUUUAAGGAUGAAAGAUGGUUCCCUGAAAUACAAGUCUUACAUUUUUAAGACCAUGUUGGAAAAUGAUAAGGGAGGUAAAAUCAUCAAUGAAUUGGCCUUAUUUCCCAAAGAACUACAAAUGUAUUGCAAAUACCUACCUGCCUUUGAGAAUCUUUAUAAGAAAGCCGGCUGGCAUAUACAAUUGGCUCCCAGAUGUUUGCUGGCCGAGAGGAAAGAUAAUAUUAUUAACUUCAUGUUUGAAGAUUUACAAGAAAGAAAUUUUAAAAAUGCAAAUCGUCUUGAGGGCUUUGACAUGGUGCACAUGCAGCACUCUCUAAGAAAGUUGGCUGAAUUUCAUGCUGCCAGUGCGGUAUAUGAGGAACAAAAUGGUGCAUAUCCCGAAGAUUUUCAAUACAGUUUCAUAGACACACGCCAUAAUUUGUCAUAUCUGCAGAGUAAAUACAACACUACAAUAUCUAGUUAUAAGAAAGCCAUGGCACUAUGGAAUUGGGAUAAAGCCGAGGAAUAUAUACAGAAAUUGCCCACCUUUGAUCAAUAUUGGAAAUGUGCCUUAGCUUCUUUGGAGCCUUCUCCCAAUUCUUUUAAUGUUUUGAAUCAUUGUGAUUUCUGGUCCAGUAAUAUAAUGUUUGCCUAUUUGCCCAAUGGUGAACUGGACAAUACUCUGUUACUGGAUUUUCAAAUUUGUAAAUGGGGUAGUCCAGCAGAGGAUUUGCUAUUCUUUCUUACCACCUCGCCCAAUGGUGAUAUAAUUCUGAAGGAGUAUGAUUCCUUUGUGGUCUUGUAUCAUGCACGUCUGGUGGAAUGUCUAAGAAUUUUGGGUUAUCGGAAAUCCAUACCCAGUUUGAGAUCUAUACAUCAGGAUAUGUUUGACAAAAGAAAUACCUAUUAUGCAUUCUUUGCUUGCAUAAAUCAUGUGCCCAUAGGCUUGUUUCCUGCGGAUAAAGAUUCCAGCAUACAAAAUUUUGCCCGUCCAGAUGAAUUGGGAGAAAAUCUGCGCAUGAAAGCUUUUACAAAUCCUAAUUUUGUGAAAAUUGUAAAGGAUCUAUUUAAAUUUUAUCACCAACGUGGUAUUUUUAAUUUUGAAGAU